UACAAAAACAUAAAGCUAAAAUCCUUCCGUGCUCGGAAUGUUAAACCCUAGUGGAAAAACAGUGUAAGAAUUCCCAAUUGUAGGCACCCGUUGACAUUUAACAAUCGCCACUCCGAAUUACUGGAAAAUGGCUGACAAAGAAUCUCCAUCUGAACCCAAUAAAGAAAACCCAGAUCACGAUUCUGUGGAAAACCCGCUUCCUGACUAUAAAACUACCCUUGAAUACCUAGUUCAAAAGUUCCAGGAUACCAGUACUUCUAAUAAACAGCACAAGUUUUGGGAAACCCAACCUGUUGGUCAGUUUAAGGAUGUUGGGGACUCGAGUUUGCCCGAGGGCCCCAUUGAGCUGCCGAAACCAUUAUCCGAGGUCAAACAAGAGCCCUAUAAUCUCCCUAACUUGUAUGAAUGGACAGUUUGUGAUAUGGAUUCUGAUGAGAUCUGCAAUGAGGUUUAUGUAUUGUUGACUAAUAAUUAUGUAGAGGAUGAUGAUAACCUGUUCAGAUUUAAUUACUCAAAGGAGUUUCUUCGCUGGGCUCUGCACCCUCCAGCAUAUUACCAGAGUUGGCACAUUGGGGUUCGUGUCAAGUCUUCGAAGAAAUUGGUUGCUUUUAUCACUGGUAUUCCGGUAAAAAUGAGGGUGCGUGAUGAGAUUGUGAAAAUGGCCGAGGUUAAUUUUUUGUGUGUUCACAAGAAGCUCAGGUCCAAGAGACUCGCACCUGUGAUGAUUAAGGAAGUUACAAGGAGGAUUCACUUGGAGAAUAUCUGGCAGGCUGCUUACACUGCUGGAGUACUUCUUCCGACACCGGUCAUCACGUGCCAAUAUUGGCAUAGGACAUUGAACCCGAAGAAGCUCAUUGAUGUUGGGUUCUCUAGGCUUGGUGAUCGGAUGACAAUGAGCCGUGCAAUUAAACUCUACAAGUUGCCAAGUUCAACAUCAACCCCUGGUUUAAGGAAAAUGGAGCUAUGUGAUGUUCCUGCUGUUACUCGGCUGCUGAAGAACUACUUGAGCCAAUUCGUUGUUGCUCCUGAUUUUGAUGACAAUGAAGUGGAGCACUGGCUUCUUCCUCAGGAGAACGUAGUUGAUAGUUAUGUUGUUGAUAGUCAAGAUACUCAUGAAAUAACAGAUUUUAUAAGCUUCUAUACCCUCCCGUCAUCCAUCCUUAACAACCAGAAUCACUCAAUUCUGAAAGCAGCUUAUAGUUUUUAUAACGUCUCUACUAGAGUUCCACUGCUUCAACUGAUGAAUGAUGCCCUUAUUAUUGCAAAACAGAAGGAUUAUGACGUCUUUAAUGCUCUGGAUGUCAUGGAGAAUGAGUCUUUUCUGAAGGAACUCAAAUUUGGACAAGGUGAUGGCCAACUAUACUAUUAUCUGUAUAACUAUCGGCUAAGAAAUGCUCUGAAACCAUCUGAACUUGGCCUUGUAUUAUUAUAAUUUGUUGCAUGAUUACUGCCUCAGAACAAUUCUUAGUGCCUUGCAAGAACUUAAACAACUUAUAAUUGUGUUGGCUAUUGAGAUAUUUAAUGAGUUUAUCCUUUUGAGUUGUUC